CAAAUUGCAGAACUGACUGCCCUCUGGUCCGCUCCAGUACUCCAGCUGAGUGUACACUGUGUGCUCGAGCUGUUCUUUAAGUGGCGAUAGAGUUCGACCAAUUCCUCGAGCUCCGCAGCUAAUGACUACUGUUUUCGGCACUGAGGGAGCUCUGACUUUGAGAACAUGGAUGUGCAGGUGCGUGCACGCGACAUUCUUCGUAUGUACAGUACUGACGUGUCCUUUAACGUCGGUGUACCACAUAUUUGGCGAAUAUUGCAAUACAGCUACUGCACUGCAUAGGCCUGUAAGACCUUUGUUUCAAAACUGUGAUGCUGCAGCGUGCCUCGACACGACUGACAGAAUUUACGUUGCUCACUGUCUACAGCCGACGAAGAACAAAAUCGCGACCAGAAAUGCGCACUACAGCACAAUGGUCGUCCCGUGGUGUGCUACAACUAUCUUCCUGGGGUAUUCGCGCUGCACAGCUAGCCACUUCACUGACGAUGGCAAACACUAGCAACUGCAAUUUUUUUUUAAACAAGGAGCUCGACAAAUUAGUACGUGGCUCGACUGAAUAUAUUAGAGAUAUGUGAAGAGCAGGC